GUAUUUGAUGACUUGAGUCUUGACUAUUGUUUCCCUCGGCCUCGGCGCUCUUCCCCAUAUUUCAAAAACACAGUGAAGUUUUCAGCAGAAAUGGAAAACGAAGAAGAAGAAAUCACGGAGGAGCAAAGAAGAAGGGCCGCAGCAAACAGGGCGGCAGCCCUAGCCAAGCGCAAGGCAAUCCUGUCAGUCCACAAAGAAACCGCUCAUCAGAGAAACCAGUCAUGGAAACUCUUCAGAUGCCGGAAACUUUCUCCCCAGGCCGCCUCCAAAAUCCCUGUUCCCAAAAGGCCCUUUAUUGUCGAUUCAGCUGGGCCGAACCAAAAGCCCGAGAGGUUCCGUGCGCGGCUGGAAAUAUGCUCGCCCGAUUCGUUUUCCGUUACUCCUGCUGCAGUUGAUGGUUUUGUGUAUCCUGGUGAAGAUAUUUGCUUCCAUAAACUCAGAGAUUGUCUGGCCAAUGUUGUUUUGUCACACUACACCCAGAAUACUGGUGGUGGAAAGGCAUGCGUUUACAGACUCUAUGACUAUCACUCAGUCCUGAGGUCUUUAAAGAAUUGUAGAGACAUUGAAUGUGAAGAGAUACCUUGGGGAACCUUUAAUGUCAUUGAGAGGCUUUCACAUUCAUUCGUUGCUGGAAAAUGGAUACCUUGCAGGCCUGAGCACCUACCUGAUGAGAAAGUAGAUGAGUUAAUUUCUGAGCUCCCGAAAACUUUGGUAAAUGCUCUGCUGCCUUUUCAACUUGAUGGUGUACGUUUUGGACUGAGGAGGGGUGGUCGGUGCCUCAUUGCAGAUGAAAUGGGACUUGGAAAGACCCUCCAAGCUAUUGCAAUUGCAGGCUGUUUCACGAAGGAAGGUUCCAUACUUGUUGUCUGCCCAGCUAUUUUACGACAUUCAUGGGCAGAAGAAUUGGAGCGCUGGUUUCCUUUCUGUUUGCCUUCUGAUAUUCACCUAGUUUUUGGUCAUCAGGACAAUCCUGUACGUCUCGAUAAGCGUCCAAAAGUUGUAGUGGUAUCGUACACUAUGCUUCGUCGUUUGCAGAGUAGCAUGUUGGAGCAAGAAUGGGUCACCUUGAUAAUAGAUGAAUCACAUCAUCUACACUGUAACAAAAAAUCUUCAGAAAAAGAUGAGCUAAAAGUUGUACUUGAUGUGGCUGCAAAGGUCAAGCAUCUGAUUCUACUGUCAGGAACUCCCUCUUUGUCAAGACCUUAUGACAUUUUUCAUCAGGUAAACAUGUUAUGGCCGGGUUUGCUUGGGCAGACCAAGUAUGAAUUUGCAAAAACUUACUGCUCUGUCAAAUUUGUCAGGGGUUGUCAAGGAAAAGUUUUUCAGGAUUUCUCGAGGGGGAUACGUCUGGAGGAAUUAAAUAUUUUACUGAAGCAAAGUAUUAUGGUAAGACGCCUAAAGGAGCAUGUUUUGUUGCAAUUACCACCCAAACGUCGGCAAAUAAUAAAGUUAGUUUUGAGGAGAUCAGAUAUUAAUUUUGCAAUGGUAACUCUGGGGCUGCAAAAUGUUGAUGCUUCUGAAGACAGUGAUACUGAAGAUGCAUCUGUCCACAUUUCUGAGGAAGACCAAGAAAGUGACAUGAAUACGAAAUUGUCAAAGAAACUAUCAGCACUUGGUAUAGCAAAGCUACCUGGAUUCUUUGAGUGGCUCUCUAUACAUCCCAUCAUGGCGGAGGUGGAUGGAGAGGAAACCAGGGAAGACAGUUCUGGUUCCCACAAAAUGAUUGUAUUUGCUUAUCAUCAUAAGGUGCUUGAUGGAGUGCAGGCAUUUCUAUGUGAGAAAGGAAUACAGUUUGUCCGCAUUGACUGUACCAUAACGGGUAUUGAUAGGCAAUCAGCCAUCCAAAUUUUCCAAUCAUCAAAAGAGGUUAAAAUUGCAUUAAUUGGCAUUCGUGCUGGAGGCGCUGGGCUUAAUCUAACAUCAGCGGACAAUGUUGUGUUCCUGGAGUUACCUAUGAGACCGGGUGAUAUUCAACAGGCUGAAGAUCGAGCUCAUAGGCAUGGGCAAAAGAGACCAGUGAAUAUAUAUAUAUUCUGCGCAAAGGAUACUUCAGAUGAGUUACAGUGGCAGCAGCUGAAUAGGAGUUUACUUCGUGUUUCUUCUACUGUAAAUGGGAAGCAUGAUGCUAUACAGGAAAUAAAGGUUGAAGGUGUAUCUUAUCUAGAAACCACCAGGACUGCAAGUGAGAAGAGCAAGAAAGUAAUCACAAUCCAGAAUUCUUGCAUAAAUCAUGGUUCGCGGCUUCUAAGGGUGUCUUCUGAGACACAUGUUGAAGCCAAUAAGGGUGGGCAAAGAAAUGAAAGUAAAACAACUGUAAAUGGAGAUGGAAGCGCCAAUAAUGUUGAAUAUGGAGUUAAGAGCUCUAUCCUGUCCACUCUCCGGUUUGAGGUGAGCCAACAUACUGGAAGGAUCCACCUGUAUUCCUGCACCCCUGGAACAGAUUCAAGACCAAGACCACUUUUUGAGAAUCUCCGGCAAGAGGAUGUUGAGUGUCGUGCACUUGCAGAGGGAACUGAUAAAACGUGUACUAAAUCUAUUGCAGAUAAUCCACUAUAUAGGGAAGCUCUUAUGGCAUUCAUCAAUGAGUGGAAGAAGUUGAGGCCUAUUGAGAAGAGGAAAUUGACCAACAAACCGUUGCAACUUCCACUAUCUUGUGAACUGUGCUAUUUGAACGAAAGUCUUAACCAUGAUGAUGGGGGACUACUGAGAGGUGGUGGAAGUCGAAGGCGUAAAACACCUACAGCUGAAAUAAGCCAUCCAUUACCAUCCAAUGCUGCAUGGAGGAAAGUCACUCUCUAUGGUGGUCAUGGUCGGAAAGAGAAACUUUACCUUCAAGGAUGGUCUGACAUGGAUGACCCAUUAUGCAAGCUAUGCCAGACUCCUUGCAAGGGAAACAACGCUAAGGUGCCGCAAUUCUUUGAGGAUCUUUUCUGUAGUUUGGAUUGCUUUGAAGAAUAUCGCUCACGGACUAGCAAUAGAUAUCUUCGUGAGGGGCUUUUCCAAGUUGAACGUGGCCUUUGCACUAAUUGCCAAUUAGACUGCCAUCAACUUGUAAAUCGUUUGAGACCUCUAUCAGUUGAGAUGCGGCGAGCAUAUAUUAUGAAAGUGGCUCCAAAUAUUGCGAAACGAGAUAAACUACUGGAGAAGCUUGUUCAUGACCCUGCAGAAGGCAAUGCUUGGCAUGCUGAUCACAUCAUACCUGUUUAUAAGGGGGGAGGUGAAUGCAAGUUAGAGAACAUGAGGACCCUCUGUGUUGCUUGUCAUGCUGAUGUUACCACUGCACAAAAUGCAGAACGGCGUAUUGCUAGGAACAAGGCUAAGAAGCAACUCAAAGACACACUGACCAGCCUCAUAAAUGUCGUCAAGCAGUCUGCAGAAACCGAUUUGGUUCAGGGUUGUGACUCAAAGUUCCCAAGUAAUGAUCUGGACGAUGAUCUACUAAUUGAGAUCCCGGGAAGCGCAUAUUCUGGUGUUGAUGUUAAUACAACUAAGGAGCAAAAUGAAGAGCAAGAACUGCUCAAGAAAUCUUCUUCAGAAAAUAUCUGCUCUGGUAGUGGUGAGGGCCCAGGACCUGUUCACUGCAGAAAAAGAUGCCAACUGGGAAGCACCAGUAAUUUUGCAGAAUCUACGUGUAUAGUAGAAACAAAGCACGAGAAUCCUUGAAAGGUGAAAGAGGGAGUGAAAAAUAGUGGAAGCUCGAGUUAUUCUGCACAACCUCUAUAAAGCGCUGAAAGUUGAUGAAAGUGGAAAGACGAAAAAGAAAUGCCUUCAUAGAUCUCUAUAUUAUGGAAAUGUGGAUAAACCACUCUAAUUCUGCACAACCUGUGCAGUGUUAAUUGUAUUGGAACUCGUCAGAAGUUAGAAAUGGAGAGCCCGGAGAUCCUCUUAAUUCUUCGUCACCACCUUUAUA